UCACCGCAUCGCAAAAAAAAUAUAAACAAAAAAAUUAUAAAAAAGUGUUUGCUGACUGAAUUUGGCUUUUUUUACUAAAAAAAUUAAAUAUUCCAAUGGCAUCUUCCUCGACCGAACGAAAAUUAAAUGGUCUAUUAGAUAGUUUAUCAGAUCAAGAAGGUGAUGCAGAUCUCUCACCACCCGUUGAGACCUUUAAUUUCCCAAGUAGUGACACUUGCUGGGUAUGCAAUGGCUAUUAUGGACCAAAUUUCGAUGAACCACUUUGUGGAACAUGUCAUUCAUUUUUAUAUCCUACAAAUCCAGCAGAAGAUUUUCUAACAACUUUGUCCGAUGACGAAGAUUCUGGCAAUGAUGAGCCACCAUUUAAUGCCGCUGACAAAGAGAAACAAGAAGAAGCCGAUGAAGAUGCAGAAGAUAUUGAUCCCGAAGAACUUCCAAGUGGUGCCGAUGAAGAAGAAGAAGAGGAGGUGGAAGUUGUUCCAAAUGACAAUAACAAAGACAAUCCUAAUGUAGCAUUGUUGCCAAUUCAACGACCACAUCCAACAGCUCCACGAAAUCUCCCUCAUUUUAUGCAAAUGUUAUCUGAACCAAGACCGGUUGAUGAAGAGCCAUCUGAGAAAAAGAUCACUUCAUUGCCUGUCGAGAUGAUGGUAUCGAUUUUUUCCUAUUUGGAUGACAUGUCGAUGUGGAAGGCAAGUGAAGUGUGCAAACAAUGGAGAAACAUUUUGGAAUUGAAUACAUCACAAUUGAUGUGGAAGAAAUAUUUGAAAGAACGUUGGCCAUUGUUUCAGAGCAUUAUUGAGGUUCCAAAUUGGUUGCAGAUGUAUUCUGCAUUAAUGUCGUCGUGUUUCUGUAGGACUUGUCUGCUACAAAUGGCUUUAAAGUCCCCACCGAGAGCUCGAGAAAAUGCAAUCCGCAUGAAUCUACUUCGCAAUGACUUUCGCCUUCUUAACAGCUAUGCAUCGGAAGGAAUCGAAGCAAUACCUCUCGAUAAGCAAAACACAUAUUGGCAAGCUAGCAUUCUUGGUCCAGCCGGGAGUCCCUACGAAGGAGGGAAGUUCUUUCUUUACAUUUUCUUCCCUGAAACAUAUCCAAUGAUUCCUCCAACUGUGAGAUUCCUUACGAAAAUCCUGCAUCCUAAUGUAUCACGUCAUGGUGAUGUUGGAAUUGAUAUCAUUCAACAUAAUUGGUCUCUAGCAUUGACAGUAUCUAAAUUGCUUCUUUCUGUCCAGAGUUUGUUGACAGAUCCAUUCACAGAGGUUUGCAUGGAACCACAACUUGGACAUAUGUAUGAACAUGAUCGUCGGCGUUUUGAGAAUCUUGCAAGAUCUUGGACAUGGCAGUAUGCAAUGUUUGAGGUGAUUCCUCCUCGUUGAUUUUCUAUAACCAAAAAAGGGAACGAGAUAAUUUUGUAUGUGUGUGUUUAUAUGGACGGACAUGGACUGAUGUUAUGAGUGCCAUGAGUUGAUAUUUUUCUAUAUGUGGCUCUCUCUUAUUUUUUUUAUAUUUGACUUUUAUUCAAGGUCAAGUUAACAUUUUUUUAUGACUUUCUUCACCUGUGUUAUCAUAAUAAUUAUUUCAAGCAACAAACUUUGCAUGUUAAUUAUAAUUAUUAUAUAUUUUACUUAAACUACUGAAGCAUUAAUAUUUUUUAAUAUUUA